GCGGGGCCCGCGGCGGCGGCGGCUGGGGCGGGGGCGGCGGGUUUGGUCGGGCGCUCCGGGGCAGCUGCGCUGCAGGGCCAUGGCCGCGGGCGGCGGGCGCUGAGGAGGCGGCGGUCACAGCCACAGGCAUUUUUGAGCUGACGUCUUUCAUUGAAUACUGAGAUUGGUAAGAUCAUGGACACGUACGCCAGGGCUCAGGGCAAUCGCAUGAAAUCAAGAAUAUCUGUUGAAAAGAGUUUUGGUGAAAGUAUCCUGCAAUCUAUGAAGUCACUGCUACACAGCAGGAAAGAGUUAUGCAGUGUAUCAGCAGAGGAAUGCUUAAAUCAGGAAGAACAAGAUAAUUUUAUUGAGAUUACAUUUAUAGGUUUUGCAGAAGGGAUGGGAGCUGCUCACUUGCAGGAGUUAUCAGCUGUUUCUGUAGAGCUUCCAGAUGUUCUGAAAUCUCUCCAGUUGCGCAAACUAAAAGAAAACGAGGCCGUGUUUCUGAAAGACAUAAAGAAAACCUUGGCAAAACCUUAUGUCAUGAAACAUCAGAAUCAGGUUCCCGAAGUGUUUUGUGUGAUGAGACUGUCUCCUUCCUUCCCAAGGAUCAAAGUUGAUUAUAUAUUCACCUUGCUAAGCAAGUAUACUGCAGGCAUAAGAUAUGCAGUGGAAAUAAACUCUUCACAAAAACAUCAAACAGAGACCACCCAUGGAGAAGAUGAUGACACCAAUCAGUCGGUUUCUUCAAUUGAGGAUGAUUUUGUCACUGCUGUCGAACACUUAGAUGAAGACGAACCUUCAAAGAUACUAAGUGCUGGUACAUGCAGCUUUGCUUCUCAGAACCAUCGAGAUGCUGCUUCACAGACUGUCCCUGCUCAAUGUUUAGAAGCUGUUGACUCAAAGAUUGUUGUGGGUUCUGCACAUCGAAGAUCAUCUGCCAGAUCUUCUACUUUGAUUGAUAUUUUGGGACUUAAGGAGCUGCCCUCAGUAAAGAAUUCAGUUACAACCUCAAUUUCUGAUCCCUGGAUACAAAGGAGUUUCUAUAAGCCAUAUAAUCCGUCUGAUCAAGGUGUUAAUUUUUUACGUAAAACAUUGUUUUCUUCCUCUCCAGCUGAAUCCUCUGAGUCAGAUUGCUCCAGCCCCAGCCCCAUCAUCUUCUUAGAUGAAGAAGGGUAUCAAAAAAGCUUGAAGGCAAAACUUCAGCUGCCAAAAAUUCCAGUAGUAAAAGAUGGUAUAGAGGAUUCAGACUCAGAAGUGAGUGAAUUUUUCGAUAGUUUUGAUCAGUUUGAUGAGCUGGAACAAGCCUUGGAAAACUCUUGUAAAAUUAUUAGGGAUCCCAUCCUAGGGAAUACUGCCCAGAAAAGGAGAACUGCACAUGAAAAAUUAUCUUCUGCAAGCAUUACAAUGAACCCUCAGAAAUUCAAGUUUGAUCGUCCCACUCUCCCAGCCAAUGUAAAGAAACCAACUCCUCGUAAGCCAGAAUCACCGUACAGCAGCAUCUUCGAGGUCCCAGAUUCCCCUCGCCCGGUUAGAACAUCAGGGGAAGAGAAUGGAGGCUUCUUCAGCCCCAUUAGAACAUCAGCCUUCAGCCCCCUGGGGGGCUGUGGUUCCUCCGAAUGCUUGUGUCGAAUUAAUCUUGGUGGAGAGGGGACAGGUCAAAGUCACCCUGAUGCUGCUUAUAACAAUUAUUCGGCAUAUGCUGACAGUGUUUCAUGUGAAAUACUGGGUUCUGUUCUUUUUUCUGAGUCCUCAUCGGAACAAAUGUGCGCAGAGAAUGAUUCAAAACACAAAAGGGUGACUUUAAAUGAGAAGAAGAAGCAAGCUGCAGAUCUCAAAAUGAAAACUCGUAAGGAACCACAGAAGCAAACAAAAUCUAAACAUAAGUCACUAAUGAUAAGAGAUAGCAUUCAAAAGUUUGCAACUGAAUUGGUUGAAAAAAGUUUUGGCAGUGCAUUUAAGGACCUCCAAAAAGGUGUUUCUUCAUGCACAAAUGCACUUUGCCAUUUGGCUGCUAGGUUGACUUCUUCAGUCUUUCAAAUGGCUUUUUAUGAGAUUGGAAGACGUAGAGCAAUCUCGCUGAAGGAGCGUGCCAUUAAUGGCAUAGCAAACUUUUUGGUGAGCGAAGCCAUAACCGGUGCUUUGAAAGAAUUGCGUCAGGUAAAGAAACAAAUAUUUAACAACACUGUUGCACGGUUUGCAGCAGACCUCGCUGAAGAGCUUGUGUUUGAAGGAAUCAUGGAAGUAUGCCAGUUUUCAUAUCCAUCAACACCUACUGCACAGUCCUCAUCAUUUGAUUAUGAAAACAAAGUGGUAAGAUCCUAUGCCCGAGAUUUGUCUGAAUCUGUCAUUCAGGAGGCAUUUAUUGAACUAUCUCAGGUUGAUGUGACCUUUACAACACAAGCAGCCAUUAGUGUUUCCAUGGACAAUAUCAAAUAUGUAAGUGCAGAAAGUAUGUUAGAGUCAACACAGACUUCCACAGUUUCUCCUAAUUUUAAUGAUAGCGUAGCACAAAAGCCAAUCCAAGACUCCAAGAAGGAUUAUACAGUACAGCAGGCUCUAUUUUGUACCUCUGGUGUUGUGAGUUCAAUACCUGUGCCCUUAGCUGGAAGAGCCCUUUGUCAGCAACAGGCUUCCUCUGAUGCUUACAAUGUGAAAGUAUCCACUGUUCCAAAUGCUGAUGACAGUACAAAAAUAUUCAAAGACUCCACUCAUCCAUUUUUCACAAGCAGAACAAGAGAGGAGGAAGUCGCUUCUUUCAGAAAUAUUUAUCUAACUUUAGAUCACAGUCAAAGUACGGAAAGUACUCCAUCCCUCUUCUGUAGCCAGAAUGAUACCAAACUAACAAAUAACAGAUCUGGAAUGAACAAUAAUUCAGAAUUAACAAGUGGGUCAAAAGGCAUUAAUACUUUCUCUGGAACUAUGGUAGAUAUGAUCGUAAAUGAAGCUUAUGAAACCAUAACCUCAUCUAGAGUAACAAAAGCAGUAGAAGAAUAUUCAGAUUUUUUAACAAGAAAAGUAAUAGAUAAAAAACCUUAUGUGCAAGGUACUGGUGAAGACACCCCUAAGAGCAUGUUUGCAGAUCAUUUGGCCAAGUAUGUCAUAAAACAAUCUGCCGAAGAAAGUAAAACUGUGUUAUGCAACACCAGUGAGAAUUUAACAUGUAAUGUGAGCUCACAGGCUUACAGAGAUACCAGUCGAAAAGAACAAUGUGUGAUACAGAAGCAAGAGGCUGAGAAACAAAAUAAUGUUUCUAUAAUUGUGGAACAACAACAGUUGCCUUUGAAUAAUCCAUGUAAAUUUGUUACUCCAACUCAUUCUGUUCAGUGUAUUUUAGAAUCUAAAGAUUGUUGGCAAGAACAAAAAGGAAGCAAUUUUUCUUCAAAAUCACCACCGCCUUGUUCCACUGUGACUUUUGCUAGGCAUGUUCUAGAGGACUGUACUGACACAGGAAGCUGUUCAAUAACAUGCUUAAACAAGCCUUCCAAAAAAAGUGAUACCCAGAAACUAUCAGCAGGAGCUUUGAAUUACAGGCAGAUUGAUUGUUUUCUGCAUGCAAGUAGCUUGCCUUCAGAGACGUUUGGCAGUGAAGGUGCUUUGCAGAUGGAAGAAAAAUCAAGCCUGAAACAUGGAAAUACCUGUUUAAUGCCUGACACACCCCCAUCGACUCCUCUAGUACCAUGUCAAGGUAGUUCUGAAAGGAAUCUAAGAAAACUGUCCAAGAAACUCAAGGGAGAAUUAGCAAAGGAAUUUGCACCUGCAACACCACCUUCUACACCCUACAAUCCAUCUACCACUGAUUCGUCUGAAACUGAACACGACUCUUUGGAAAAUGAGGAAUUUAUGCUGAAACUCAUGUGGUCACUUUCUGAAGAAGUGGAAAGUAGUGAAGAUGACGAUCAUUCUGAAAUGCCUGUUGAGAAAGGGGAGCAUUCAGCCAAAACAAUUCAGUAUGCAGACUGCCUAGCUAGCCACAUAAUUUCAGUAGCAACUGAAAUGGCUGCUUCCCAUUUAGGUGGUAAAACAAAUGAAAGAGAAGCUGGCAGGCAGGCUCAGUUAGGGAUGCAAAAGAAAAGAUGUAGAUAUACUGCAUUUGUAAAUAUCCCAGAAGAGACAUGUAAUUCCUUGUGGAAUUAUGCAGGUGAUAUGGCAGGAAAAGUCAUCAAUGAGGCCAAGAAAGUAGUGAAAUCAAGGCAUUGCAAGCUGUUGAGGUUGAAGCGGGUUAACUGCCAGGUGGAUUGCUUUUAUGUGAGUAAAGGUGAUAAAGAUGGUAAUUCAAAAGAAUGGUGUGGCCCAGUACAGGACCAGUGGCUGGGAGAGAGAGAUUCAUCUGGGCUUCCUUUACCACAAGGUUCAGGCACAGCAGGUUUGACUUCCAAGUACCCAAGCUGUGAAAGUGUGACUGAUGAGUAUGCAGAUCAUGUUAUCCGCAUUCUGAAAAGAGAAGGAGGUAAUGCUGAGCUGUUGGUGGAUCAGUACGCCAGCAGACUUGCUUACAGGUCUAUCAAAUCGGGCUUGCAGCAAGCUGCUAGAAAAACCAAAUUCAGAUACAGCAGAAAGACAUUUCCUGGGCAAAAUGCACAGCUAAAUGGUAAGCUGGAGCUGAUCAAAGCAGGGAAUAAAGAUGCAGUACAGCAGGUGAAAAGCAGCAUUCACCACUGUGAAGGUCAAAUGUUCGAGAGGAGUGUCCCUGCACAGAGAAAGGAAUGUACGGAGUUGUUACAUUUUUCCGAAUCCCUUGCUCACAGUAUCACUUGUGAUGUCAGGAAGAAACUGAAAAUGUCAGGAGCAUGCUUGCCGAAGUCCCUUACAGAUUCCUGUCUGUAUAAAAAGACUGAAUUUGAUGAAGUCACAGGGGAUCUCAUUAAAACAAGGCUUUCUAGAACAUUUCUUCCUUUCUCCCCUGAUCAUAAACUCUAUCAUAGUACAGGUAAUAUAAAUGAAAAUGGCUACAGUGAAGGUAUAAUUCAAGCUAUAGAACAAUAUGCUAGGAAAGUAGCAGAUGAUACUCUAGAAAUGAGUUUAGAGUCGGCUCUUCUCCAUGUGGCUGAAAACAGAAAAAAUGGGGAUAAGCUCUCGUACACUGAGAAACUGUCUCCUUUUUAUGGAACUGUCUGUAGAUGCUGCAGUAUGAAGGAACAUCGGUACUGUACAGAAAGUAUGUCCCAUCAUCUACCUGCACAAGGAUCCUGCAUUCCAGUGAGGCAUUUUCUUCAUUCUGGAUUGGGUGGUGCCUGUCAAAAUUCCAGAGUGUUUCAGCUCGAUAUUCCCAAAAUUCACGUUGAUGUAGAACAGAGGACAGUGUUUUCUGACAAGGGGGCUACUGCAGCUGUAGAGAAAGCAGAAAGAGAGCUGAGUUACACAAGUCUGACAGCUGACAGUGGUAUUGGACAAGAUGGAGUCAGUUUUGCUGAAAGCCUUACUACUGAAAUAAUGACAUCCGCUAUGACUAAUAUUGGUCAGGCAGUUACCAUAAGCUCUGUUGGAAGAGAAGGAUUUCACUCUGUUGAAUCUGUUGUUAGCCAGCAGAUGAGUCUUAGUAUUGGUGAUGAUAGCACUGGGAGUUGGUCCAAUCUAAGUUUUGAAGAUGAACAUCCUGAUGAGAGCAGCAGUUUUCUUCACCUAAGUGACAGUUCAGCUGUCUUCUCUUCUUCUCCUGGCAGUAAUGGUAACAGCAGUAGCUGGAGCAGUCUUGGUUUAGAAGGGGAUAUGUAUGAGGAGAAUUUAUCCUUUCCAACAUCAGACAGUGAUGGAACAGAAGAUAAAGAUGAAGAUUCCAAGGAUGCUGUGGAAGGUUUGGAGCAAGUGCAAAAGACUUUAUCAAUAAUGAAUAUUGAUCUGGAACCAAAUCUAGUGGACCCACAGCUCAGAGCAGCACUCCAGUGGCUGGCAGCUUCUGAAACAGAGGUGUCUGACCUUCACUUCCGCGACGCUGCUGCAAGGGAAUUUGUCUUUCUUUCUAGAAGACUGAGAGAAAGAGAUUGGAAAGUUGGAGAUCUCUUGCAAGCAGUGCUGAAGUAUUGUGAAAUGAUAGAGACGGCAUCUGAUGGAGAGCAAGCUCUGAGUAAAUCUUUGGUCAGUUGGCUUCUGGAAAAUGUCUGAAAAAAUCCAAAGAUGCAACACUCUUAACUUCAUUCCUCUUCUGAAAAGAGAUAGAAGGAACACAGAUGUGUAAAGUAAAAUUCAACUAGUGAAUGUUUAAGUAAUAGUCAGCGUUAAAAGACUUUGAGGUGAAAGUCAAAAUAGCUGUGCUGUGCUUUGUGAUACUGUGCACAUGGUAUGUUUAUUCAGUCCAUAAUCGGUGUUGUCCACCCACGCAUAAAUUGUAUUUACUGCUGUGUUCAUACCACUGAGAACUAUGAACAACCCUUGUUUAUGAUCGUAGUCCACAGGAGGCAGUCUCAGACAUGAUAUUCAGGAUUCCCCUUGUGCCAGGAUAGCUCUUUCUCCCACUCCUAUGUGUGCUAUAUUCACAGCAGGACAAAGAGCACUGAAUUCAGAAACAAUCUGUUCUGGAAUAUCUUGCUGCAGACAGUGGAGAAAAUAUUCAUCUUGGCCAGGUGUUACAUGCCAGGAAGAAAAUUGUGAGCUGCCCAAGCAGCCCCUUAAUACAGUCUGGCUUCGUAGCCACCUUUAUCCAUUUUAACUUUGUGUGAAGGUGGGAGAGUCUGCUCUGAAAUUGCUGAGGUGCAAAGGCAUGAAUUUGUUGACUCCUGUAGAGCUGGUAACUUCUGGUAGAAGGGCAGAGUGAGAAGUUGAGCAUGAUUUAGUAUGUAAUUGUUUUACAAGGUUUCCUGAAGCUUGCCAGUCAGAUUUAAAUUGCUAAAUUUUUUACUGAGGCUUUUUGUAUGCAGAUACUUCUAUGACACUAGUUCUGUGUCAAAGAAUUUGUACAUUAGUCUCUCACGCAGAUGUGUUAAAAGUAGAAGAUAGAAAUUUCUGGGGAUUUUGGCCAUCUUUUUGAAUAGUUUUAAUUCCUUUCAAAGCAGCCAGAUGUGAAUUUUCUUUUUAUGAAUAAGGACAGUUUUGUUACUCAGUGAGCACGGAAGUGUUUAGCAAAGAAUGCUAAUAAAAAUUUAAAGGAGAAAUUUCUUAAAGAUUGAUUUUUCAUUUUUGUUAACUACCUUCCCUGAAUUUUUUUAAAGGCACUUUUAAUUGAAUAUUUUUAGCAGUCUUGUCAGGUUUCUCACCAAUGCUGCUGAUUUGCCUUUCUGUCUGAAGGGAAAUCUGAACCUUCACUUAUCCUGUGGUUUGAAAAUGUUUUUGGAAUUUUUUUUUUUUUUUUAAUAUAUCCUUUGAGAGAAAAAGGCACAUGCUAGUGAUUACCAGGUUGCCACCUAAAACUUGGCAAAUAAUCGUAGAGUGUUACUGAUUUUGGAUGAACAAAAAAUCUUAAUAGCUUUUUCACAGAAAAAUAUACUGUUGAUACGGUGCACAGUUUUGUGAUCCCAAACGAGAGAUAUGGUCUCCAAAUCUAUUCCUGAUUUUUAAUGGCAUAUGUACAAUUCUGAUUACCCCUACCCCAGGAAUUGCUUUGAAAUGUCACAUUGGUAAACUCAAGAGCACUGUCCUUGCAGUGUCUUUGUGUUUCAGGAGAGCAUUCCACCAGCCUUUUUGCAGAGACAUGGUUGGUUUUAGUCCUCUUUUGUCAUCUGGAUUUCUGCCCUGGAUCUCACAAAGUUCACCUUUCUCACAGAGCCAAGAUUUUUCAUGUUUUUGUAUAUGCACAUACAUGCGUUCACACAUGUGAAUCCACACAGGUUUGUUUAUCUGUAUGUGUAUGAGAUCUCACUGGUGUGAACUCUUGGUGCAGACUUCUACCACUAAAUUAAAAUUCUGUUAUGCUUAGUUUAUUUCCUCACUUCAUAUAUAAUUUCACUGAUUGAAAAGUCAAUGUAUGUGGCAAAAAGACCAAAAGCCACUUCAAGGUCUUUUGUAUUGUUAUAGGUAAUAUAAUCCAGGCAUCAGGAAUUCUUUUUCUCCAGAGCCCAAAGCAUGUCAGAGGAAGUUAUUUAAUUCCUAUGUUUGGAAGAUAGUUCUAGUAGCAAAUAUUUUUAAAGAAUUGUACAAAGGUUAUCUGGAUUUUUUCCUUCCUCUCCCAAACCCCCUGAAUUCCUUUUCCCCUUUUUUUUUUAGGUUGAUUUUUCAAUAUUGUUUUCGACAAAAAUUUGAAAUAAUUCCCUGGAUAUAAGACCUUCCCCUUAACACAGCAAUAAUAUAAUUGUACAAAUUUACCUAUAAAAUUGAAAUGUCAAGGAAAUAAAAGGCUAAAAGCAGUGCCUCAUGACUAAAUUUUUCUCACCAAGUGUAAUUUCAGGACAUGAGGAUACAGUACAGUAUAGUAAAAUAAGUACAGUAUAGUAAAAUGUUUCUGUACAGUGAGGAAGAUAUUGAAGGUAUUCCAAAUAUACAAAACCAUACAUUUAAAAAACCUACAACACAACCAACAAACAACACUGCAGAAACAGCCAUUUUUUAAACUCAUUUAUUCAGAAUGAUGGAUUUUGUAAAGUUGGUGAUUUUUCAUUUCAUUUACUUUCUUGGAGAAAGGCAGAAGAUUGCGCCAUUCACAAAGCUUACAACUAUUCACAAAGUUAAGUGGACAACAGUUGCGCUGAAAAAUAUUUUUUUCUGGAAUCCUGUUUUCAGACUGGAUCAAAUAUGUUGUGUAACUAUUGAUUGGUGUUACGUUAAGGAAAAACUUGUUUUAUUAUCCUCUGAGGAAAGUAGCAUAGUUUCCAAAUUUUCAUGGGAAAAAAUGGUAUAAAAUACUUCAUUUUUACUGAAAACAAGCCAAAAAAAACAAACAAACAAACCAGUUUUCUACACAAAUUGUUUUAAAUUUGUUCGGAAUUACUUGACUUUCCUCCUUCUGUAUGAAGUUAAAAAGCAUUACUCUAGCCUGGCAAAAUUAUUACAAUUGAAUAAUUUUAAUAAUCUUUGAAAACCAUACUGUGACUGUAUCUAACUGGUGCUGUCUGCCAUAUUAGUGAGAAAGCUGUUCCUUGCCAAUGCAAGUCUUAAAUUACACUUUUACUGAGUUUAAAACUCCUGACCACAAAUACAGAAAUGUAAGUGAAAACUCUAAAAACAUGAAGGGCCACAUUCUGGUCCCUUUAAAGCAUACAACUCUGCUUUAUAAACAAACAUAAUAAGGUAGAGUUUGUUUCAUCUUGCAUUUUUUCUGUAUGGGAAACCCUGGUAAUUUAAUUUUUAUGUUGAGGAAAAUAUAUCCUAGGAUGUUAUUGUUUCAGAAAUCACCCAGACACUUCAUAAAUACAUUUGGUGUUCUAAAAAAUCAAAGUGUUUUGAUGUUUUGUAAUAUUCUGUAGAAAAAGCAGUCCCUUUGUAAAGCAAGUUAGCAGUGGCCAUAUUUUAAACUAGUUUAAGUAUUCAGAACAGGAUGCAUAAAUAAUACAAAGUAUGCAUAAAGCCUUAAAAUGAAAACCGAACAAAACUCAAACCCAUAUUCUAAAGUUAAAGAUGAUUUGCUGUCUCCAAACGGGAAUGGGAAAAGGCAGCUCAGAUGAUGUAUGUGAAUGCAAUUUCUGUAGUAUCUUUGUUCUUGAGUUUUAGAAGAUUGUGUAAGCUUUUUAGAGAAAAGCCAACCAAAACCCCAAAACCCAGAAACCCACAUUCCGAGACUAAUUAGGUCUCUCAAAAAUGGUAUCAGAUUUUAAGUGUUACAUUUUCUAAUGUAGCUUUGUCUGGGACCUUUUCUAUGAAGAGGGACAAAUUGUUGGAGAUGGGAACACAGUGAGUAGUAAACACCAGCGCAAACCCCUGUAGUUCUAGACAGUCGAUUUGCAAAGAAAAAUACAAGAUUCAGGAAUGAUUUUUAUUGUAAGAAAUUUGGCUUUUCAGCAAGAGACACUGCUGUCAAACAUUUACUGUACUUGAGCUCUGAAGAGGCAGGUACAGAGCCCAGCCACUGUAGUCACUUUAUUUUGUAUCAUCUUUGUACAUUCCUGUUGUAUAGCUGGUGUUGUAGGUUUAGAGGGCCUUUGUUCUAAUGUCUGAACAGUAUUUAAUAAUAAAAAUUAUUAUAAUUUGCUGGAACUGCAGCUUAUUUGUGCAGUGUUACAGUAAUUCACAGCCCAGUUAGUGAUGCAAUUGUAUACCAAAAGCAGUUUGAAUAACUAAAUGUUUAUGUAACUGUACUCAAUGAAUAUGAAGGUCUUGUACUGUAUAAUGGUGACAAGUUUUACCAUUUUAGUUACUUAACUAUAUUCAGUUUUCAGAUUAUGAACUCCAGGUUGCACUAAAUUCGUCCUUGUUUUAGCAGUGGCUUAAAAUAAAACACAUUUCACUGGC